ACCUCUGGGGGCUUCGCCCAAUGCCAAGCAUGUGGCCCAACCCAUGGGGCCUCCAGGGCCUCAGCAGCCACUAGGCCCCAUCAGAUGCUUUUGGCAGCCUGGGUGGUGGACAGGGCAGGACGUGCUGGCCCAUUUCCUCAGAAAUGAAGGACCAAGUCUUAGGACAGUGAGUUACCUGCCCCCAGAGUGGAAGACAGAACCUGCAAGGUCACCCGCAUGUCUUGCCCUGGCUGGGGUUCUUGCCACAGCUUGGGCAGUCUGCCUCCCUAGCGGAGAAGCCCUGCAGGGCUCCCAGCACUUAGGGUGCAGGACCUCCAGGCCCAGUGAGGUGAGAGCUCAUCCUGGAUGGUGAGACGCAGCUGAGUCCCCAGGGACCAUCAGAGCCCAACUGCAGAGGCCGGGUUACCGAGGACGCCCACUCAGUAUGUGGGCAGUUGAAUGAUUAUGGAGUAACUAUAUUAAUGUAAGCAGAAUCUAGGGCAGGACUUUGGCCUGGGGCACUUCCGGAAGUUUCCUUGUGGCUGUCUUCAGAGUGUAGAAGGACCUUUGGCCCAGCCGCCUUUUGUAUGGGACCUGUACAGCUCCAGUAGGAAAAGAUUGGUGUCUGUGUGUCUGGCAGUGCUGACCCUGCAGCCCCUGCUCUGGCUCUCGGGAAGGACACAGCCCACCUGGCCACCCCCCAUGGCCCUCCACCUCACUCUACUGUCUUUUUCCAUACUGCUCACCUCUUCUUACUUACCGUGUUGGAAUUUUCUGGUUUUUUUCUGUCUGACACCCCCCCCCCCCCCGCCCCGAGAAUGUUGCUCUGAUAGGGCUGCUCAUCUCAUGGGAGAGUGGUUGGCUCUGGGCAGGGCCUCAGCAGGUGUUUCUCCAACUGGUAAAAACAGGUGCGCUCUAGUGAGAGAGACAAGCAAGAACACACGCUGUAGUGUGUAUUGAAAAAUGGGUGACUUGGAGUCGGACUUCAACCUGAAAGUCGUCUUAGUCAAUUUCAAGCAGUGUCUCAACGAGGAGGAGGAGGUGCUGCUGGAUCACUACCUUGCUGGCUGGAGGGGGCUGGUCAGCAGGUUCCUGAACAGCCUGGGUGCCAUCUUCUCCUUCAUCUCGAAGGAUGUCACUGCAAAGCUGCAGAUCAUGGAGCGCCUGUGCAGCGGCCCACAGCGGGAGCACUACAGCAGCCUGCAGUCCAUGGUGGCCUACGAGGUGGGCAACCAGCUGGUGGACCUGGAACGGCGUUCCCAACACCCCGACUCGGGCUGCCGGACGGUGCUUCGGCUGCACCGUGCCCUGCGCUGGCUGCAGCUCUUCCUGGAAGGUCUGCGUACCAGCCCCGAGGACGCACGUACUGCCGCGCUCUGCACCGACUCCUACAAUGCCUCUCUAGCUGCCUACCACCCCUGGAUCAUCCGCCGGGCCGUCACCGUGGCCUUCUGUACGUUGCCCACACGCAAGGUCUUCCUGGAGGCCAUGAACGUGGGGUCCCCAGAGCGGGCUGUGGAGAUGCUGGGCGAGGCCCUGCCCUUCAUCGAGCGCGUCUACAAUGUCUCCCAAAGACUCUAUGCCGAGCAUUCCCUGCUGAACCUGCCCUGAGGGCACACAGGCGGGGCAGGGGUGGCCAGAGCCCAUCAGGCCCACCAUGGAGAUUUGUGGGUGCCCCAUUUCCCCCUACUAGCUGAGCUCCAGGCCCAGCAGAGCCCACCUAGGCUGUACUUCUAGGCUGCAGCACAUGGGCUGUGACAGAAAAGGCGAGCCCUGGCCAUCUGCUCCUCCCUUGUCUUGCUCUAGCCAAGGGCGUCUUUGCUUUACCCUCAACCAAGUUACAUGUGUCUAAUCAGGCCUCGUCCAGAUGGGUAAAGUGCAGAAGGCAGGGAGGGUAAGGGCAGUAUCAGUGUUCAUGCAAAACCCUGGAAAGCUGCCCCUGCCUGUGAGCCAAGUCCACGACAUGGGGCCAGGUCACAGGUCCCCACAAUGCAGAGACUUCAUCCUGCUUGCCAGCAAACUCACCCAGCAGGUGCUUAUCCAUCCCUGGCCCAUCUCGGUGUCAGGCCCUGGGUGCAGUGUCUGUGCCCUGGUGCCCCGGGCCCCUCCACACAGGGCAGGCUGUCCCCAGGACAGGGAUGGAACCCCUGGGCAGCAGUGGGCAGUGCGGGCUCUCUCCCUGCCCCUCACCUCCUUGCUAGCCAGGGUCCCACAUGUCCUCAGCAGCAGCCGCCAGCAGCCCAAGCCCUGAGCGGAGGCCUGCCCUGCCUCUAGCUCUGCAGCCACCCUGAUUCGGGGGUGUCCCCUGGGCAGCUCCGUGCGAGUCUGCACAGCACAGCUCCAAAGCUCUAGGGAGCCCACAACUCCACUGGUCCAGUGCUGGCCUCUCCCUCCCCACCAUCCAACAAGAUGCUGUGCUCCUCCCUCCCUGCCCCCUGCUGGCCCGUCCCCACAGAGCUCAGGAGACCCAGGGUGAUACAGCACGCAGACAGAGCCUGCACCCUUUAGCCUAGCUCACAGGCCAGCUGUCAUCAGGCACUUGGGGGCCCAGCGUCUCCUACUGGCUCUUCAUUGUGAUCUCAGGGCCCUCAAUGCUGAGGGGACUGUAUCCACCAUACAGAGAUGUGUAUAAGUGUGAGCCCGCAGAGACCCUGGGAAAGUGUAAUACAGGUGAUGGGUUUUUGAACAUCAAUAAAGUCCACAUGUACAGCA